AAUAAAGAAUAAAAACCGUUAAAAGGCUGUUCUAAGAAAAACAAUUCACCUGAAGAAAACAACCGAAUAUAGAGCUGCCAAAGUCAUGGCGUCUUCCAACAACGUUACCCCCACCAACUGUAGCUGGUGGCCCAUAUCAGCUAUGGAUGAAGAGGAAAAAAUCGCAGACGGCGAGGAAAGCCAAGAACCUGCUGUAGAGCCCAAACCCUUCUCCAAAGACAGGCUUGUUUUGUACCACUGGACGCAGUCUUUCAGCUCCCAGAAGGUGCGGCUUGUCAUUAACGAGAAGGGCCUCCUGUGCGAGGAACGAGAUGUCAGCCUGCCACUAACGGAACACAAGGAGCCCUGGUUCAUGAGACUCAACCUCGGCGAGGAGGUGCCUGUCUUCAUCCACGGAGACACCAUCGUCAGCGACUACAACCACAUCAUCGAAUAUUUGGAGAAGAACUUUGUGGGAGACAAUGUGACCCAGCUGGUCCCAGACUCGGGAAGCCCGAUUCACGCACGUGUGCUGCAGUACCGGGAGCUGCUGGACGGCCUGCCCAUGGACGCCUACACACACGGCUGCAUCCUGCACCCGGAGCUCACCACCGACUCCAUGAUCCCAAAGUACGCCACUGCUGAAAUACGUAGACACCUGGCCAAUGCUGCCUCGGAGCUGAUGAAGCUUGACCACGAGGAGCCCCAGAUCACAGAACCCUACCUGUCCAAGCAGAAGAAACUCAUGGCAAAAAUCCUGGAUCACGACAACGUAAAUUACCUGAAGAAGAUCCUCAGUGAACUGGCCAUGGUACUGGAUCAAGUCGAGGCGGAACUAGAAAAAAGAAAACUGGAAUAUCAAGGUCAGAAGUGUGAGCUCUGGCUUUGCGGACCCAAUUUUACCCUGGCUGACAUAUGUCUAGGAGCCACGUUACAUAGGCUCAAGUUCCUGGGACUCUCGAGGAAAUAUUGGGAGGACGGCAGCCGACCUAACCUCCAGUCCUUUUUUGAGAGGGUGCAGAAGCGCUACGCCUUCCGUAAGGUCCUGGGCGACAUCCACACCACGCUCCUCUCUGCGGUGCUGCCCAACGCUUUCCGCAUGGUCAAGAAAAAGCCACCCUCAUUUUUCGGUGCCUCCUUCUUAAUGGGUUCCCUGGGUGGAAUGGGCUAUUUUGCCUACUGGUAUUUGAAAAAGAAAUACAUAUAGAUACCUCCCGCUGUUCUCACUGUCUAUGUAACUGUGUGAUGUUCCAACUUUUCUGUACUCAUGUUUUACAGCAGCGAAAUGUGAAGAAAAACAACAUAUAUAAAGACACUCUUAUUUACCUGGAUAACGAGAGAAAAUAUGAACAUUCCAUAGCGAGGAAUUCUUAACAGCACAUUUUCUGGUGAUUAAAUGCCUUUUUGUUUUAA